GUAGCAGAGGCACUGCGUUGUCACGGCGCUGCAAGCGAUAUGCGAGACCACGAGGGGGCGAUUCCGUUGCAUUGGGCGGCUGCCAACGGUCAUGUAGACAUGGUGCAACAUCUGGUAGAUGUGGGCAGCACGCCGAACUCAGUCGACUGGGCAGAGAGCAGCGUGCUUCACGAUGCCGUUUGGGGAGGUCAUGAUCAGGUCGUU